AUGGCCCCGCCUCCGCCGCCCACCGCCGUGGAUCAUUUCGUCGCCCAGAGCCAAACUCCGAUUUUGAUGAGCGCAUUUGGACUCCAGGUCUUGCACUAUCAGUAUAUCAGAAGGACGCAAGCCGCCUGGGACGUCUUGCCCGCCUCGUCGAGGGCCAUAUCGUUCCUCCCGCGGACUCUGAGAGCUGGUCUUGGCUGGGGAGUUGUCUUCGUCGGGCUAUUAACUCAAAUCACGUCCGCGAAAAACGCUAUCAGAGACUAUACUGAUCCCGUGGUUACUCGUCCUUUGCAAUCGAGGGCGUGGGGACGAGGUACAAUUGAAGAAACGACCUGA